AUGGGGCAUUGUGAUGGUGUCGUUGGAGCUGUUGUAUAUGACAACUGCAGACGCGUUGUGAUUUGCCACGUUUCGGAUUUUCUCUCGGUAUGUACAGUUCCCCGCAGCUACCAGCGCCACCCAGGCGGUGCUCUGCGGGACGGGGGGGAACCGGACGCCCGGGUCGCACGCCUGUCUGUCCUGCGGCAGGGCCGGGGCCAGGACCAGACCUCUGGCUUCUCUCUUGGGCGAGUCCUCGCCAUAGCGACCGCACUCGGUUUUCUCGGUCUUGAUCUCGGAGGUAGCGGGGUCAAGAUAGGUGAUGUUGACGAAAGCCGUGUACCACUCCUCCUUCUCUGCGACCGUGAAGUCCAAACAGAGCAGGUGAACGAAGCAAAACGACAAGAGCCACGUCGAGAGAGCCAGACUGCGGCAAGCUCGGAUGAGGGACGGUGCCAUAGUGCGGCUCCGGGUUUUGGGAUGGAUGGCGAGCUCCGGGGAGAACACCUACGCUCGCAUCGCCCCACCGUGUGUGGAAGUCUGCGCCGCGUUGUUGUUCACCGUCAGCUGGAUUCUGUCCUCAGCCUGGUACUGGCUCGCUGCUCAUCGUCACGUGACCUGGGCGUGGAAAAGUGUUCAUCCAUUGAACUUGUAACUUCAAAUGCCCAACGGAACUAUUGCUUUACAAAGCCGUUUGAGGAACAAAUAUUAACAGACAGCCAUUUGAAUCCAGAUAUGCCAAAAAAGAAAACAGGAGCACGGAAAAAGGCUGAGAGUCGAAAAGAGCGUGAGAAACAGAGUCGAGCUAACCGGGAGCAUAUCGAUGUGGCCAAACACCCAAGCAACUUUAACAUGGACUGUGACAAAUGUCAGAGAAAACAGAAGAACCGAGCAUUCUGCUACUUCUGUAACUCAGUGCAGAAGCUGCCUGUUUGUGCUCAGUGUGGUAAGACCAAGUGCAUGAAGUCGUCAGACUGUGUCAUCAAGCACCCGGGGAUCCACACCACGGGAAUGGCCAUGGUGGGUGCAGUGUGCGACUUCUGUGAAGCCUGGGUAUGUCAUGGGAGGAAAUGCCUCAGCACUCACGCCUGCGUGUGUCCCCUGACUGAUGCAGACUGCAUUGAGUGUGAGCGGGGAGUCUGGGAUCAUGGGGGUCGGAUUUUCCGGUGCUCUUUCUGUCAAAACUUCCUAUGCGAGGAUGAUCAGUUUGAGCAUCAGGCAAGCUGCCAGGUUCUUCAGGCCGAGACCUACAAAUGUGUAUCCUGUAAUAGACUGGGACAACAUUCCUGCCUGCGCUGUAAGGCUUGCUACUGCGAUGACCACGCCAAGAGUAAAGUCUUCAAACAAGAGAAGGGGAAAGCUCCGCCAUGUCCGAAGUGUGGCCAUGAAACACAGGAAACCAAAGACCUCAGCAUGUCCACCCGCACCUUGAAGUUUGGACGCCAGGCUGGUGGCGACGAGUAUGACGACGACUACGACGGAGCUUCGGGGUACGACGCUUACUGGAAGAGCGUAGCGGCUGGAGGGGGAGGUCAGCAAGACAACUACGGAGAGGACGACGACUACGAGGAAGAGGAUGAUGAAGACGAGGAGGAGGAGGAGGAAGAAGAUGAAGAGGAGGACGAAGAGGAAAUUCCUUCUGAAUCGAUGGCCGGGCUCAAGCUAGGUGGGACAGCUACCUAAGCGGAGUCAGAGACUGAGGAGCCCGUGGAGCACGCAGUGCUGUUGAUCCCAGUGGUCCUCAGUGGAUGUCCACCUGUUACAGUUUAGGAAUAAAAACAUUUAAAAUAAAUUUGAGCUUUUAUUUUUUGGGUGGUAGGGAUAAGUUCUGCUGUUUGUAUAUUCAGUGUUUUGCCUCUGUUCACAGUUUGGAGGGUCAGAAAUCAGAUAACUAAGCUAAGAGUUACAUGAAAUGUAGUGUUAACUGUGUAUUUGGAAUUUUCCAAAAUCUUUACAAAAAAACUCAUCAUGCUUUUCUAUCAGACCCUUGUGCUCAUCUGUACAGUGACAGGGGGGGGGGAUGGCCCGAAUAAAUAA